AUGAUUUUUCAAAAUCCUUCAUUUGCAGUUGUUGCGGAUUCCGUCGGCAAGCGUUUCUUGUCCGGUUUCGGUGGACAGGUAGACUUCAUCCGAGGAGCCGCUCUUUCCGAUGAUGGACUCGGCAAGCCAAUUAUUGCACUUCCAGCCAUGUCAAAGAAAGGAAUUAGCAAGAUUGUGCCAUAUAUCAACGAGGGUGCUGGUGUUGUGACUACACGCUCUCAUGUGCAUUACGUUGUGACUGAAUACGGUAUUGCUCAACUAUGGGGAAAGAACAUGCGACAAAGAGCUUACGAGUUGAUCAAGAUUGCUCAUCCUUCCAAGCAACAAGAACUUGAGAAAGCUGCUUUCGAAAGAUUAAAGUUUGUACAGUUUCUCGUUAGGAUGCAGCCGAAUUCGACAGCAGCUAAGCGAGCUGUUAAAAGAGGCGUUUUGGUUCUAGACGAGUCACCACAGAAGCGUAUGCGAAUGAAUGCGAUGUCCCUAAGAAAUAUAGAAGCAGCACAGGGCGGAUUGGACCCCGUUCUAGAAAAAACAAUCUCAACUACUCUUUCUUCGUUAAGCCAAGCGGAGACAUUGCUGGCGAAGACGCUGGGGAGGGAAGCCGUGAUGGCUGGGCUGGGAAACAUGGAGACCUAUGUGGAUAAAGUAAAGGGUGGUGGAUAUCGAGGGGAGAUUCAGAGGGAAUGCGAGGGAGGGGAAUCUGACUUUAAUACGCGUAAGUUUGAUUCCGAUGUGUCGUCAAUUUCGCCCCCGAAACGUCGCAAAUAUACGGAUAGGGAAGUUAAUAAGUUUCAAAUGGAGGUUCUAAAAGAAGAAAAGGCACUAGUAGCCAAAAAAUCACUUUUUUUGGAUAGGCAAUUAGAACUGCUUGGCGAAAUCAAGGAAAUGAUUAGUGAAAGCCUACACAUCUUACGCGGAAAAAGAGAAGUGAAGAAACCAACAAAGCAAAUAGAGCUUUGGAAUCCCUGUGAUGGGGAUCCCAACGUAGCUGAAUCCGUAGAAUCUACAGAUCUUUAA